AUGCCCACCAGAUCAGACAUCACCUACUUCGGUGCAGGCCCAGCGCUUGUCAACACUGAUAUUCUUGAAGAUGCUGCCAAGGCUCUCAUCGACUACCAGGGUACCGGCUUGGGAAUUGCCGAGCACUCUCAUCGAUCACAGCUGGCUACUGAUAUAAUUAACCAGGCCAAAGCUGAUCUGGCAUCUUGUCUUGAUAUUCCAGACGAUUACGAGAUCCUUUUUAUGCAAGGCGGUGGCACAGGACAAUUCGCUUGUGUAGCGUAUAAUUUUGUUGGCGCCUGGGUUGCCCGGAAGCAGAAGGAGAUUUUUGGUGUGAAUGGAGGCGAUUCCACCGACCCCCAGUUAAUGCAGCAACUCAAGGAAGCCGUGGAUAAGGAUCUCAAAAUGGAUUACCUGGUUACAGGUGGCUGGUCACAGAAAGCGUCAGCUGAGGCCGAGCGGCUUUUUGGCUCAGAGCAUGUCAAUAUCGUGGCAGAUAGUCGUGAGACGAAUGCCGGCAAAUUUGGAACCAUCCCCGACGAGGCCACCUGGAAGCUAUCUAAUGGUUCUGCUUUUGUGUAUCUCUGCGACAACGAAACGGUCGAUGGGGUUGAAUAUCCUGCUUUCCCCAAGAGCCUUCAGCCGGGGCCUGAUGGAGAAGGACCUAUUGUUGUCGCCGAUAUGAGUUCGAAUAUUCUGACCAGAAAGAUCCAAGUUAAAAAUUAUUCAGCAAUCUUCUUUGGCGCCCAAAAGAACCUUGGACUAACUGGUAUUACUGUUGUGGUUCUCAAGAAGAGCUUUCUACCACCAUCAAUAUCUCAGCCUUCUGCGGCCUUGAUGAGAUACCUUGCUUUACCUAUUCCGCCUAUUAUUUUCCAGUACGAGACUAUUGCUAAAAACAAUAGCCUGUAUAAUACCUUGAGUAUUUUUGAUGUAUAUGUCGCAGGCCAGGUUCUUAAAAAGCUACUGCGGACAUACCCUAAUAAAAUUGAAGGACAGCAAGCCAUAUCUGAUCAGAAGGCCAAAAUUAUUUAUGAUGCUGUUGAGGCCUUUCCCGAGAUUUACAAGAUUAUCCCCUCCAAGGCAGUGCGAUCGCGCAUCAACAUCUGCUUCAAUGUUACCAAGGGUGGCGAUGUUAACGCUGCUGAGAAGGCUUUCCUCGACGAGGCUACUGCACAGGGACUGACCGGGCUCAAGGGACACCGUUCACUAGGUGGGAUCCGUGCAAGCAAUUACAACUCGGUUCCCCUUGAAGGUGCAGAGAAGCUUGCUAAAUUCAUCCGCACUUUCGCAACGUCAUAA